GUCGGAACUCGAAAGAGCCAUGAGCAAGGGUCAGUUGGGCUCAAUCAGCAGCUCUGAUCUCAUUGAUGCAAAACUUGAGGAGCAUCAACUCUGUGGAUCCAAGCAGUGCCCUGGUUGUGGACACAAGCUUGAAGGAAAGCCGGAUUGGGUUGGUUUACCAGCAGGAGUGAAAUUUGAUCCAACAGACCAGGAAUUGAUAGAACACCUUGAAGCAAAAGUAGAAGCAAAAGAAUCAAAAUCUCACCCUUUGAUAGAUGAGUUUAUCCCUACUAUUGAAGGUGAAGAUGGGAUUUGUUAUACUCAUCCUGAAAAGCUUCCAGGAGUUACAAGAGAUGGAUUGAGUAGGCAUUUCUUUCAUAGACCUUCAAAGGCUUACACAACUGGAACAAGAAAGAGAAGAAAAAUUCAAACAGAAUGUGAAUUGCAGGGGGGAGAAACAAGGUGGCACAAGACUGGCAAGACAAGGCCAGUCAUGGUGAAUGGCAAGCAAAAAGGGUGCAAAAAAAUUCUAGUCCUCUAUACAAACUUUGGGAAGAACCGAAAACCCGAAAAGACCAACUGGGUCAUGCACCAAUACCACUUGGGUCAGCAUGAGGAAGAGAAGGAAGGAGAGCUUGUUGUAUCAAAGAUUUUCUAUCAGACUCAGCCAAGGCAAUGCAAUUGGUCGGACCGGAGUAAUGUAGCCGCCACUGGAGAAGGAAGUAGUGAUCCUAAUAGCAGAAGAGACAGUGGAAGUGGGAGUUGUUCUUCUAAGGAGGUGAUGACCCAAAGGGAUGAACUGUCUGGGGUUGGUACUGUUGGUACAAUAUCAAGUUACAGUGCCUUGGAUAUUCAGCAAUUGAAAGCUGACCAUUUCAGCUUUGCUCCAUUCAGGAAAAGCUUUGAUGAGGCAGGAAUAGGGGAGGCUUCAGUUGGAAGGGAAGCUCGUCCGGCACCAACCACGUGCGAAGUACGUGACAUCCACGAGAACCCGGGGCCUCAUCACGUGAUCCAUGAGCAUCAGCAUCAGCAACAUCAUCAUCAUCAUCAACCUCAUCAGAUUGCAACCACAGCAUUCCACAUAAGCAGACCUUCACACUCCAUAUCCACCAUUAUCUCUCCUCCUCCCCUUCAUCACACCUCCAUUAUUCUCGAUGAAGACUCCUUCCAUGUCUCUAGAAUGAUGCUCCAGAACGAAAAUUUUCAGCAACAUCAACCACAGCAACCGCAACAACAACAUCAUAAGCUGGGAGGAAGGUCUGCAUCUGGAUUAGAGGAACUCAUUAUGGGCUGCACUUCAACUGACAUUAAAGAGGAGUCUUCCUUACCAAACACACAGGAGGCAGAAUGGUUGAAGUACUCAAACUUCUGGCCUGACCCUGACAACCCAGAUCAUCAUGGGUAG